UCUUGUUUUGUUUACGUCAAGUUUUUGAAACUUUGUUUUUUUUUAAUUAUAAAAUUUGAUUUUGAAUAUCUGCAUCUUUCCGCGACGGAUUUUGUCUUGUAAUACAGUGCUUCACGAGGAGCUGUCAGAAUUCACAAAGAAAAUUAAAAAAAAAAAAAAAAAUCCAAUCUUUAAUCUUUAACUCAAGUGUUUUGUUUGUUAAUCUUUUCCUUAGCAUUUCUCUGAUGCAUUUUGUUUGUUAAUCUUUUGCUCCACACUUCUCUGCUUGCAACCUGUAAAGAUCUUGCAGAACCCUUUCUGCUCUCUGUUUGUUAAUCUUUUUCUCCACACACACCCACCUUCGUUUUUGGAUUUUAGUUUUUUUCAAAACUUUCUCUCUCAUCCAAAUUCUAGACACUAAAAAUGGGGAUAGCCUAUGUGCACAACUCACCACUUUGCUCUUUAAACUCAACAUUCCCUCUCUCUCUCUCUCUCUCUCUACGACUUUCUUUCUUCACUCUCACUUGUUUCUCUCUCCUCAUUUUCUCUCUCUACAUUUGGUGCGUUGUAGGUGUUUGUUUCUUCAUAAACUCCAUCUGGAUCCUUUUGACUUGUCCUUUACUUAACCCCUGCCUCCUUUUAACUUUCUCUCUCCAGCUUUCAACUUCAGAUUCUAGAGAGAGAAAGUGAGAUAGCAAAAAACAUGGGGAGAGCUACAAAAUGGUUGAAGGGCUUGCUGGGGAUGAAGAGAGAGAAACACCACGUCGACAACACCAGCACCGUGUCCAGCGACCGGAAGGAGAAGAAAAGGUGGAGCUUUGCCAAGUCAGGGAAAGACACUACCACCAAUCUUCCGCCGAAUGUUCCUGUCCCUGCUGACUCUGCCUGGCUCAGAUCCUAUCUUGCCGAGUCGGAGAAGGAGCAGAACAAGCACGCAAUUGCAGUGGCUGCGGCCACCGCAGCCGCUGCUGAUGCCGCUGUGGCCGCCGCACAGGCGGCUGUGGCUGUUGUGAGGCUGACAAGUCAAGGCGGCCAUGGCGGUGGAGGCGGGAUUAUGUUUGGGAAAAGAGAGAGAUGGGCUGCAAUGAAGAUUCAAACAGUUUUCAGAGGCUAUUUGGCGAGGAAGGCGCACCGUGCUCUUAGAGGACUGGUUAAGUUGCAGGCUCUUGUUAGAGGCUUUCUUGUCCGGAAACGGGCUGCUGCUACUCUUUACAGUAUGCAAGCUCUUUUUAGAGCACAGACUACUGUCCGAUACCAGCGUGCGCGUCGUUCUUUCAAAGAGAAUAGGUUCCUACCCGAAAUCACUGCCCGGAAGUCUGUUGAAAGAUUUGAAGAUGCAAGAAGUGAAUUUUAUAGCAGGAGGCUAUCCGCAACUUAUGAAACUUCGGUUGAUAGCUUUGAUGAAAGCCCGAAAAUUGUGGAAAUUGACACAUUCAAGCCGAGAUCCAGGUCUCGUAGAUUCAACACCGUAUUAUCUGAUCGUGGCGAAGACCUGCAUUACCAAACAAUCUCCUCACCGCUGCCCUGCCCAAUGCCAACUCGUAUCUCUAUACCUGAUAGCCAGAAACCUCAAGAUUUUGAAUGGUACUUCAAUGGUGAUGAAUGCAAGUUCUCGACUGCCCAUAACACUCCACGGUUUGCCACCUCUUUUCGUUCUAAUGCUCCCAGCACACCAUCUAAAAGUGUUGGUGGAGACAGCUUCUUUCGGCCUUACUAAAACUUCCCAAAUUACAUGUCAAGCACUCAGUCAUUUAAUGCCAAGUCAAGAUCCCACAGCGCCCCGAAGCAAAGGCCGGAACCAGGGCCUAAGAAGAGGCUUUCGCUUAACGAAAUGAUGGCAGCAAGGAACAGCAUCUGCAGCAUUCGAAUGCAUCGAUCGUGCAAUCAAGUCCAAGAAGAAGAAGAAGAAGAAGAAUAAGUCUCGAAUGAUUGAGAAAUCUGCAUAGCAGAUGGUUAAAAAAAAAAUAAAAAAAAAAAAAAAAAGGAAAAGAAAGAUUGGAGAGAGGAGAACAACUUCUCCAUGCCUUAUUUUUCACUUUAGCAUGAAUGAAUAGGGUAGAAGUAGAACACAGAGUUCUUGUGUAAAUUCUUUUGCUUUUUAUUUUCCUCAAGUUUCUUUCUUUCCAAUUGUGCCUUCAUGAGUUACGAGUCAAUGAAAUGGAAGGAGGUUCUACA